CGCGGCAGAGGCCAGGAGAGGAGGCACGGUGGACAGCGGGGGAAGGCAGAGGUGUCAGGGUGAGGACUGGGCGGCUUCGAGCACCCACGGCCGCAGCGCGGGGCAGCCGCCCCGGCCCGCCCUCCACGCUCCGCCCGCCCGCCCUGCCGCCAGCACCAUGGUGGACAGGGGCCCCUUGCUGACCUCGGCUAUCAUCUUCUACCUGUCCAUCGGGGCGGCGAUCUUCGAGGUGCUGGAGGAGCCGCACUGGCGCUCGGCUACCGACGACUACAAACGUCAGAAGACAGAGCUGCUUAAGCAGUUCCCUUGCCUGGGCCAAGAAGGGCUGGACAAGAUCCUACAGGUUGUGUCAAAUGCUGCUGGACAAGGGGUUGCCAUCACUGGGAACAAUACUUUCAACAACUGGAACUGGCCUAAUGCUGUGAUCUUUGCUGCUACUGUGAUCACUACAAUCGGUUACGGAAAUGUUUCUCCCAAGACACCCUCUGGGCGUCUCUUCUGCAUAUUUUAUGGUCUCUUUGGAGUUCCUCUCUGCUUGACGUGGAUCAGUGCUCUGGGGAAGUUCUUUGGAGGACGUGCCAAGAGGCUGGGCCAGUUUCUGACAAAAAGAGGAGUAAGCCUGAGGAAAGCACAAAUUACAUGCACAGCUAUUUUCAUUGUUUGGGGCGUCUUGGUGCAUCUGGUUAUUCCUCCCUUUGUCUUUAUGGUGACUGAAGGAUGGGAUUACAUUGAAGGCCUCUAUUUCUCAUUCAUCACUAUCACCACCAUAGGCUUUGGAGAUUUUGUUGCUGGUGUAAAUCCAGAUGCAAACUAUCAUGCGCUUUACAGAUACUUUGUGGAGUUAUGGAUCUAUCUGGGACUAGCUUGGCUUUCACUCUUUGUUAAUUGGAAGGUCAGUAUGUUUGUGGAAGUCCACAAAGCAAUCAAGAAACGGAGGAAAAAAAGAAAAGAGUCGUUUGACAACCAUCCUCGGUCUAAGAAACCCCUUCAAAUGGGCACCUCAAAGGAUGUAAACAUUUUCAGCUUCCUUUCAAAGAAGGAAGAGACCUACAAUGAUCUUAUUAAGCAAAUUGGGAAGAAGGCCCUGAAGACGAACAAUGACAAAAUGAUUAAAGUAGAAAAUGGCAAACAAAAUAUUCAGAAUGCCAGUAUAGAUGUCCAGGUAACUUACACAAAGGCAGAGUCUUUUGAGUACCGUGAGACUUCCCUGGACAUUCAAAAUGGUCACGCACUGAGACCCCUGCAUGACAAACGUAUUGGAGACAGCCCUCUAGAAGGAACCAUGUUUGUAAACCAACUGGACAGGAUUAGUGAAGAAGAAGGUGAAGUGUGGGAUUCCAGAGACUAUCGACCCUUAAUAUUUGAGAAUGCUAAUAUAACAUUUGUAAAUGAGGAUGAUGAUGAACCAGAAGAUAUCUCAGAUGAUGAGGAAACAUCAAAAUCCUCCAUGGAUGAUAAUCUUGCAGAAGAAUCUGAAACUGCAAAAAAGCUAGUAAAAUUCCCAUCCUCUGAUGAAUCUACAUUUACCAAUAACGAGCUAGAACUUUCUGUGCCUUAUGAACAAUUGAUGAAUGAAUAUAAUACAGUAAGCAAUGUGAAGGCUGCAACGUGAAGCAUAUUUGACAAUGGUUUUCUGAAAGUGGCCAGUGCAUAAUGAAAAAUUAACAGAGCAAGGAGAAAAGCAUCUUGUUGAGCUUCUCCCGCCUCUUUGAAAACAAAAGCAAGUCCCAAACUAAAACUCCAAUGUCCUUUUCCCAUCCUAAAUUGUUUUCUGAGCCCUUCAGUUUUGCUUAUCUGAAAAACUUGUAAAAUAACAGUUGAAUUUGGAGCCCUGCUCCUUCUUGGGAUUUUAUGGUUCUCGAACAAAGUAGAAAGGACAAAACUAGUUAAUACACUGGACCUGCUCUGCGUUUAUACAUUUUAUUGAGGAAUUAGUUUGGGAGUGUAGCUAUACUGUUGCAAAGAGUCUGUUUUGGGCAUCAGAUAUGUUCGGUUACUCCAUUAGCCUUUCACCUCUGAAAACGCAGAUUUGGAUCCUGCUUUGAUCAUAAAAGAAAGCAAGAGGUUUCCUUUUCUUUAAGUUGCCUGUUGUUGUUACCACAAAAAAAUGGUGCAACCAGUGUUUGUACUUAAUGAGAAACUUUAGAUGGAAUAACAGAACAUACAGAUCUGAGCUGAGGUGCACUGGCAGACUGAGGAGGAAGCUGCUGAAACAUCUGUCUAGAAUAUGUCAGUGCUUGUCAAAUUAUUGUGAAUUGUAAUUUCAUAAAUAAAAUCUUAACAUUAAAAUUUCAAAGGAAUGGAUUGAGAAGGAGCCCUCUAACAAGGAAGAGUCAUCUGGGAUGAAGCUCACCAACGGGGUACAUGAGCCCCAGGACUGUUCAAAGAGUAAAGUGACUGGAAAACCAAUUGAUCAAAGUGUGUAUGAGCACAAGCAGGAUACAAUGAACUUUUUUUUUAAUGUUGAAAGUGUCCUUCCACUGUCCAUUUCCUCGAGGAAAUACUUGAAUGAACCUUAUACAGUAUCUAUGUACAGGUGAAGAAGAACAGGCACUGUUCUUCCAAGGAAUAAAUCACCUUGGGAGGCACAGAUAUUCUCCAAAUGCCCUAAUGCCUGUUAGAAGGGACCUGUAGCACUGCUGCUGAUCUGUGCAGUGUGUUAAGUCAGUAUUGUUCUUUGAUGUUCCUCCCUGCCUUGGUACUUCAGACUAGUCUUGAAUGAGAGGUGAUUUUUUUGAAACAGUUGAUUACACUUUGCUUGUUUGUUUUGUUUUGAAGUUUGACCUAUGUACACAUACAAUGGUUAUUUUAUCCCACUUUCAAGAAGGCUGGGCAAUGUCAAAUCUUGGGCAAACUGAGGUGUGAUCAAGUGACUUAAGGCCAUAAGGCACUGUUUAAAAGGAACUUUGGAUCUAAGCUCCUGAAAGUAUUAUCUUUUGGCUCGGGGAUGGGCUUCUCAUUGAGAAGGAAGUAUAUUCCUUUGUAACAUUUCUGCCCAAAUUGGUUUUGCUACCAAGAAAAUUAUACCAUAUUUUUUAGCUUCUUUUUCCAUAGCUAUGCAUUAACCCUGACAACUCUUUCAAAUGAGGCUCUUAAUUACAUGUUGGCAAAAGGUACUGACUUCAGUUGUAUCCAAUAUACUUGGAACAGAAAAAAGUUAAGACCUUUGAACCUUAACAUGUCAAGUUCUGUUGUUGCAUUUAGUUUUACAGUAUUUAAGUCAUUACAGUACAUUCAAAAGUUUCCCAAGUUCAACGAACAAUUAAAGCUUGUCUCAUUCUCAUUUUUGGUGUAAUGCUGGCAGACUGACUAGCUCUGUACGAAGGUCUUAUGGAAUCUUACAAUGCUAAUCUUGAAUUACUAGCUAUUUCUAAAAACUGCAAAUGCUGGCUGCGUCUUUUCGUUGCUGGCCUUUUCAACACAAAAAGGAGGACAGAUGGGGACCUGGCGCUUUAGUUGGAUAGCCUGUUGAUGGGAAGUUUUGAAGUUGUCUACUGUGAAACAAGAGACUGUCUUUGCUAGUCUUUUUGGGGUUUUUUUCCAGAAUCUUUUAUGCAUAUUACAUUUUUUUUCAAAUAAAAAGCAGACACAAGGCUAGGGCCAGCUCUGUUAUACUGGCAAAAAUAUGGAGUGGACAUAAUUUGGUAGUUAAUCUGUGUUUUAUGAUAAUAUUGCUGAAGAGAGAUUCUAAUUUGAACUCAAAUUUUAUUACUUGUUAUUUGAAGCAGGGGUGGCUGGAUGAAUUUGCCUUGUAUCUGACAGGAAAGAGGGAGAGACCCUAUUGAGAAGAUUCUGAUUUACCUCUAAUAGACACCCCCACCAUCGGAAGUUUGAAAAUGACUCCAAGUCCUUCAAAUAUUUCAUUAUUUGAAGGGUUGUGGUUAACAGCUGUUCCAUGUAACUUGUAAAAAAUGAUAGGUAAAACUACAUGCAUGAUACACAUGAUACUUGUGUAGCACUCCAUAUAGUUUUUGUUGUCCUCCAGCUCGUCUUCCAUUAUUGAUGCAAAGAUUCAAAGUUUUGGUCUCAGUUAGAAAGCUACAGUACAGUGGGAAGAGAAGAAGCUUGCUAAAAGUGCAUGAAAUAGAAAAGCAUAGUCCAAUCUUCUUUUAAAAAAAGGAAAAUCUCUUUAAUACAGAAAUAAUACAACCCAGACACUUGGCCAGGCUGCUUUGAUUGGGAGGGAAUGCUGCACGCUGGAACCCAAACUCUAUUCUCAGCAGCAAAGUGCACUUGUACGCCAGAGCCGAGAAUGGACAGAGUCUGUUUCAUAUUAUCAAGUUAGAUGUGGCUCUGGCCUUUCCCAGUGUAGUCAGUGUAGACUAUAAGUCUGCAUAAUAAGUAUCAUGGGAUUUAAAGUAAUAGUUUAAAUUUAUUAAAACAAAGUACAAUAUUCCCACUUUUUUUGGGAAACACGAUCACACCUCACAAAACUGUUCUCAAGACGUCCCACCGUGUGCCUUAAUGUAAUCCUAACACUGGGAAAAAAUUCCUCUUUACACAGGGACCAGUGCAGUUGGUCUCUUUCAGCCCUAUUUGUUUUCAAUGUUUUGGAGGGGUUUAGUUGGCGCAUGGCUUUCAUACUGGCUCUCUCCAAAACAGUUGAACCAUUUCCCAGGGUUUUUAAAAUUAUGGUGCCAUCUCAGAACUGCCGAAGUGCUAAGCAGGACAGAUUUUUGCCUGCCUGUCUUCCACGUCUUGAGAAAAGCAGCUGGCUGGGGGAUCUAAAUUAAUCUCUUUCUGCCUUUGGACUUACAUACAGUUGAGUUAGAGAGGUAUCCAGGCUGGAUUUUGUGCUAUUCAGCCCCAAAAGUGCCUCUGAGUGAAUUCCCUAGUACUACUUGGCAAGGUCGUGUAGUUAUUUCAAUUAUCUGGUCAGUCUGGAAACCUUUUCUUGGGAUGCCACGUAAGAUUUCAUUUGGCUAACCAAUAAUAUUAACAGCUCACUUAAUGCUAUGGAAUUGGCUUUAUAGAUGAGAUAAAUAUCUUCUUGGAAAGAGAGGAAAGGGGAUUUUUUUUUUUUUUUUUUUUUAGUUUCUUCUUUUUAAAAAGCCAAACAACAACCAACCAAGCUUUAAAGCACAUAUAAGGAAGGAAUGGAAGUAGAAACUCUUCUUUCUAGCUGUUGCCCACAAGUAAAUUGUAUUUCCAGUUACAUCAUGUGGGUCCACUUUCACAAUAUAAACUUGCCAUAUAAAUGUAACAGUUUUGACAAGAUGAGCCAGUACUUAAAAAUUAUGAAAUCCUGAAAUGUGACUACGAAGGUCUGUUCCUACUAAAGCCCUUUGAAGUACCACAUGACCCUAUCCUUCAUGACGUCAUUCUGACACUUCUUGACUUUGUCUCAUGCUAUUGGGGACUAUUUUUACCAGAAGGGCAUCAUUUUCAGAUGGGUCUCUCACAGCAGGCAGUCUAACGCAGCUGAUACACUGGUACAAAGUCACUGAGGAAAUAAAAAAACCCAAACGUGUCUGUAAUUUUUUUGAACUAACUAUUUGUGAAUCCGUUGCUGGCAAUGGAUGUCACAAAACACGCAGAAAUAAAACUAUAGACUGAUAACAGAUCCAUGGUGGCACAGUUGUAGAUGUUGAGGGGUUUUUUUCCCUUUUUUUUUUUUGCCAGUUGAUCUGGGAGAGUAUGUGUAGAGACAGACAAGCGUCGCUGACAAGGGGAGCAAAAAGCAAUAUACAAGUCUGCUGGCCUAAACAGAAAAAAAGCAAGUUGUAGACUUGUAAUUUUUGUGCCUCAUGGGAUUCAUUCCGUUUGUGAUGGAUUUACCUUUUAAAAAAUUAGCUUGUCUUUCAUAGGCCUUUUGAAGUUUGUACAGUUCUGACUAUCACUCCGUAACAUGCCUGUCUGUCUGUUCUUUGUUGCUGAUUGUCACUGGAAUCACACUGUAUGUAAAUAUUUGCUAAGUCUUUGUAAAAUGUAAUUUAUUUUAAUAUUUUGCAAUAAAAAUUUUACAAUUUA